AUGUCUUCACCCCAAACCCCUCACUCUCCGGCUCGCUCAGAGGCUCUGGAUUCAGGUGCUGGUGGACGCAACGUUUCGACUGUUCUUCCUGAUGUGCCUGUCGACGGCAACCCCGAGCUACCUGCCUUCAGCCCCUUCGAGCCCAUUGAUUCCGGUCUUCAUCAACAAGACGACGGCUUGGGUGAUCUUUCUGGGUUCGAGUUCGACGCCGACUUUGCUCAACACCAAGAUCUCGGUCACAACGAACAGGCCAACAACCACGCCAACGAUCACGCUGCUAUCCACGAUGCCUUCGCUACACUUGCAGCAGCAUCCACCAACAACCUCGACUUCGACAUUGGAAACAUGGACUUUGACCACGGCCUGUUCGACAGCAACGAGUUCACCGGCAACCAAGACAACACCAACUUCACUGACACCAACUCGGAGCUAUCCCUACAGCAUACACUUGCUUCGACUCAGACUCAAGAUGGAGGCUGCGUAUCUACCAUCGAGGAGCACACUACACAAGCCUGCAACGAGAAGCCGCAGGUUCCAAAGUACAGCAGUUCCGAUGCCGAGUUCAACUUUGAGGAGUUCUGUGCACGCUUUCACUCUGGAGAACUCAGUCCAGCUCAACAGGUUAAGGCUGUCGCCGCCUUGACCGCGAAGAAGAAGAACGCCGUAUACCAGGAUCUGAUGCGCUCUUUUGGAUUCCAACCGGCCAAGCCACGUGCUCCGGUCCCGGAGGGAGCUCUCACCGAGGACAACUACUUACCCAUUCCAUGGGAGCCCGAGGUAGAUGAGGAUGGAUAUGAGAUUAUCCCCAUCGAAUUCGACGCUCCUGAGCCUGAUCCGUCGGAUCCACAGCCCAUCUAUCCAGCAUUUAGCGGCCGCUUCAAGACCGGCGCAGCCGCUAGAGCAUACCGCAAGCGCGCCCGCGUUCCAAAGAAGGGUCCAGCACCAGAUGUCGAGCGCGUCAAGAAGUAUGGACGCAUGUACUGGGUACGCCGUAUCUACGACUCCAUCAUCGACGUCUCCGACGUCCGCGACAGCGAGAAAUCGACCAAGCUCGUUCGCUUUGAGAAACAGGCGGUGUACGAUCCCGCGGACAUCGAGGCUACGGCUCACCACGUCUUCGACGAGGCCGUCGCCGUACACACGCGAGGCUGGGUUCGCCCCAAUGUCUACCACAAGAAGGUGGUUCGCGGUAAGCUCACCGAUGUCAGCGAGGGGAGCGCGGAGAGGCGCUUGGCCCGUAUCUGUUUCUUGUUGAAGCACGUGAAGGCGGCGUGCGAUGACGCCCUGCGUGGAGGUCUUACUCUUGCGCUCUUGUGCGACAACCCCGAGGCGAGGGGCUCCACCAAACACUCGAACAACAGUGGCAACGGAAAGCGUGGAAAGAGGUUGAAGGUUGUGACGAAGAUGUUGAAGGCUGGGUACACGGUUGAGACAGAUGACGAGACGUCUGACGAAGAGCAUGGCGAGAACGAAGAAGAGGAAGGCGAAGGCGAGGAGCGAAGUGGUGAUGAGGUUUGA